AUGAAUUUCACCUACCACUACAGAGUUCAUCAUCCCCUUGACUCUUGGAAUCACAGCUAUGGACUACGCGGAGGCAGCCCGAAUAGAUCAGCGGGAAAGGGCUACUCUUCUGAAGGGUGCUACGAGCAACUUUUUGUAUCACCGGAAGUCUUCGUCACUCUAGGCUUUGUCAGCUUGCUGGAGAACGUCCUGGUGAUCGUGGCCAUAGCCAAGAACAAGAAUUUGCACUCGCCGAUGUAUUUUUUCAUUUGCAGUUUAGCCGUGGCCGACUUGCUGGUGAGCGUCUCAAAUGGGUCAGAAACCAUCGUCAUCACUCUCUUGAACAACACGGAUGCAGACGCGCACAGCUUCACGGUCAGCAUCGACAACAUCAUUGACUCUGUGAUUUGUAGCUCCUUGCUGGCGUCCAUUUGUAGCCUGCUUUCCAUUGCUGUGGACAGGUAUUUUACUAUCUUCUAUGCUCUGCAGUACCACAACAUCAUGACGGUGAGGCGUGUCGCUAUCAUUAUCACCUGCAUCUGGGCUGCUUGCACCAUUUCAGGCAUCUUGUUCAUCAUUUACUCCGACAGCAGCGUUGUCAUCAUUUGCCUCAUCACGAUGUUUUUCACCAUGCUAGUCCUCAUGGCUUCCCUCUAUGUCCACAUGUUCAUGUUGGCCCGGCUGCAUAUUAAAAAGAUUGCAAUUCUCCCCGGCACAGGCCCCAUUCGUCAAGGGGCCAACAUGAAAGGAGCCAUCACUCUGACCAUCUUGAUUGGAGUUUUUGUGGUGUGCUGGGCUCCACUCUUCCUCCACUUGCUUUUCUACAUCUCAUGCCCUCACAAUCCAUACUGCAUCUGUUUCAUGUCCCAUUUUCACUUGUACCUCAUCCUCAUCAUGUGCAACUCCAUUAUUGAUCCACUUAUCUAUGCAUUCCGAAGUCAAGAGCUGAGGAAAACCUUCAAAGAGAUUAUGUGCUGCUGUAGCCUGAGAGAGCUAUGUGAUUUCUCUGGCAAAUACUGA